AUGUCUCGGAGGGAGAACCAGGACGUCCAGGACAACAUCCCCAACCGUCCCGCCUCUGCCCCCGCGGGGGCGGCCAAGCAGGCCCUUCCGGCGGCCAAGAGCAUCGACGGCCAGUCCGUUCUCAAGAGGUCAGCGUCCCCUUGAUUUCAUCGCAGCACGACGGAUCCCUGGUUUUAGAUCCGCUUUGCUUCUCUUCUCUCUCUCUCUCCCAUCCAGCGCACGCUCGUGUUCGAUCCACGGUUAGGUUUUAGAUCUUGAUCGAUUUACUCAGAAAUAUGAUGAUAAGGUAGGAUCGUUUAUCCUUGGGAUUGAGCAGCGUCUCGUAUUAUUGUUUACCAAUCGGUUUCACUUUCAAUGUCGGUUUCAGAGUUGGGUUUUUAAUCAUGCAUCCUCGUCAUUCGUCUCUAAAACUCGUUCAUCUCAUCUCCCGUUCACGAAUGUGUUCGAUCAAGGGUUAGGUUUAAAUCUUGAUCGAUUUACUAAGAAAUAUGUUGACGAGGAAGGAUCAGAUCUCCUUGGGAUUGAGCAGCGUCUCGUAUUAUUGUUUCCCAAUUGGUUUCACUUUCACUGUUGGCUCCAGGCUGGGGUUUUAAUCAUGCAUCCUCAUGAUUCAUCCCUAAAACUCAUCAUCUUCUUUCUUUUCUUUUUCUUUACAACGCAGGCUGCAGUCCGAGCUGAUGGCGCUCAUGGUACGACGAAACAAUCCUCCCUCUCCCGGAAAUCGAAAUCAUUCAUUCAAAUCUUUCAUAAGAUUAUAUCAGACUUCGAUGGUCUGAUCUUUCCAUGUCUUGUGGAGCGCAGAUGUGCGGAGAUCCAGGGAUUUCGGCUUUCCCUGAAGGGGACAACAUCUUCUGUUGGAAGGGAACCAUCUCAGGGAGCAAGGAAACCGUGUAUGAUGGAAUGGUGUACAAGCUCUCCCUCUCCUUCCCCAACGACUACCCCUUCAAGCCUCCAAAAGUGAAGUUCGACAACCCCUGCUUCCAUCCCAACGUCGACGUCUACGGCAACAUCUGCCUCGACAUCCUUCAGGUAGUUUCCAUUGUUAAUUGCUCCAUUUUUCUCGCGGAUUCCUCCACAAUUUCUGUCGAUUUUUAGCUGAUCUUUAUCGGCUAUCAUGUCGACGGAUAGAUCCGACUGUUUUUGUUCGUCACAGAUCUCCGGUCGAUCUUUGUUUGAAUUCUUCAAUCAUUUAUGUUGAGAACAAGAUCAAACAACUGUUCCAUCAAUUUUCUCGUCUAAAUUUUUUUAUCGUGGAGUUUUCUAUGCCGAUUCCACCUGGAUCUGCCUUGAUUUUGAUCCUGAUUAUAUCAAUCGCGAUGGGGUUUCAGGACAAAUGGUCGUCCGCCUACGACGUGAGAACCAUACUGAUCUCCAUUCAGAGUCUCCUUGGCGGUAAUAAACAAACCCCCAAUCCAUCAAUUCCGCCAUUAAAAUCCCUCUGCUCCCUCAUCUGAUCUUGAUUUGAUUCCUUCUUGCAGAGCCGAACAAUGACUCCCCGCUGAACAAUCAAGCCGCGGCCCUCUGGAGCAAUCAAACAGGUACGAGCGAUCGAUCGAUCGAUAGAUAGAUAGAUUGGAUCGAUAGAGAGAGAUUCUGAUGAGCGUAUUGUUCAUUUCCUUGGAUCUCGAGCGCUGCAGAGUUCAGGAAGAUGGUGGAGAAGCUCUACAAACCUUCCGCAUGA